CAUCCCGCUGUCUUGUGUUAACAGUGUGGUCCCGGCACUGGGGCUGUUGUCUUAUGGGACUAAAUGUUGCCUGAGUGUCGAACACCCUCCUCACUGCCAACACCAGAAGGGCAACAGGGUGUGGGUACACAUCUGUUGUCAUGAUGGUCGUCAGCCUACAGUAUUUCCGUCCGUUGCCAGGCUGGUUGUGCAGUGCCUGGAUGGGACCACCAUACACCGGGCGCAUCCCUCUGUUUCUGAUCACCAUUUCCUCCUACUUCCCGUCUUGUGGCUAACAUUGAUAUCAACUAAGGAUGCUCGUUUUGCUCUGGCGUCGAUCUCGCGCUUGGGGCCCCGGCCGCUGCCGAUCACGGCUCCGGUCGAGCCUUCGCCGUUUGCCGUUGGCCCGCCUGGCUGGGGAGGAGAGGGCCGCGUGGGUGCCGUGGGCACUUUUGGUCGGGACGUCGUCGCGCCUUGGGGCACCCUUAGCCACCCUGGGGUGUACGACCAUGAGGGCGGCCCGUCUUCGUUCGCUGCCACCGUUUCUGGCUACCCGUCCCCCCCGGGGUAUGCCUACUCGUUCGGGUAAGUACCCAUGGUUCCCUUCACGUCUUCCUCACCAUCACUACGCCCAACCGCCCUGCCUUCUCUUCUUCCUCGACCACCGCACAUCCCCUGGCAACCCGGCUGCCUUCUCUUCACAUCACACUCUGCUCCUCCCCUCUUCCACGAACACCGCGCAAUCAUCUGGCAACUCAGCUGCCUCUUCUUCAACCCGUUUUGUUCUCCCACGGCAAGUGCCACAGUUCUGCCAGCAAAAGUCAGCAUACUAAUGAUGUCUUCGUCUCCGGGACAGCUUGGGUGUACGCGUGGGUCUUGGUGGGCGUAUGCCCACAAGCAACAACGCCUCUGGCCGGUGGAACGGGGCUGACCAGGAAGCCGGCAUGGGCGGCGGGUUCGUGGGCAGGAGAGGGUACGCGCCGCCGUCGACCGGUUUUGUGCCCUCAACUGUCCAUGACCCCGCGAACCCAUACG